GACCACAGGACGAUCCAAACAGGGCAGAAAAACGGAGGCCAACUGUGGCCAUUUGAUUUCUAAGGAUCUUGUGGAUGAUAAAUGCGCAGUUUUACUUUAUUUCUCAUAACCGGAUGAAUUAUCAUCGCGUUUCCCCGGCUGUGUGAUUCGCAUUGCCGUUAUUUGGCCUGUGGGAGCAUCAUCUAUGUAGUGCCAGAGCAGCUUAACGUGUUGGCAGAGACAGUCAGAGCUGGGUUGCUGUGAUCAGACAUCCGCAGGGCAGAGUAGCUGCAGGAGUGGAGCUGCUGCUGCGUGGCGAACACUGCUCACUAAAGCGAUUUAAGCAAUAAACAUAGGGCUUUGGAAAUGAUGCUUUCCAAUGGUGAAAUUAGCUGAACCUUUAUUUUCUUGUGAAGCUAUAUUGCAGAAAAAGCCUUACACAGGGGGGACUGAUGCAUGAUUUUAGCCCUCAGCCUUAAAGCUUUUAACUGUUUCAUGGAUGAAGUCUGAAUACCUCCAGCAUCAGAAUAAAAAAUGGCCCUUGCCGCUAACCUCGAUGCCGCAAAGGUGAAGGCCGCUCUGGACGGCUGCGCUGCUGCUGACUCCUUCAACUACAAGACGUUCUUCGGCGCCUGCGGCCUGGCCGGCAAGAGCGCUGAUGAGAUCAAGGUUGCCUUCGGUGUCAUUGACCAGGAUGCCAGUGGCUACAUUGAGGAGGAAGAGCUCAAGCUGUUCCUGCAGAACUUCUCCGCCAGUGCCAGAGCACUCACCGACAAGGAGACCGCUGCCUUCCUCGCCGCUGGUGACAGUGAUAAUGACGGCAAGAUCGGAGUCGAUGAGUUCGCUGCCCUUGUUAAGGCAUAAGAAUUUCCAUUGAUCAAGAUCCACCUCUUUUCACGGAACUGCGAACGCCUUGCAAGAUUCAGUAAUCAUCAGCUGAAAGAAUAUUUUUUAUAUCUUAUUUAUGAGUUGCCUGCAGAAUAUUUCUCAACAUGGAACACAUAUUUUACUGUUAAUGUUAUUCAGGUGUGUUAAAUGUUCUGAAAAAUGACUUGUGCAAACUGUACAACACCAUCUGCAGAUCGAGGAUGAGUGAAAAACCAGGAAUAAAAACUCUUUUGGUGUAAAAGUCA